CAAUAUAAACCCAUUACUAGAUCCUAAGUUAAGACUAGAGUAUCACAGAUUCACAAAUACCUCCAUCAUCAUUUUUGAUUAUCAAAUUUUCAACAUGGAUGAGGUAGUGAAGCUGAUUGGUGUGCGAAAUAGUCCUUUUUGCUGCAGAGUUGAAUGCGCACUGAAACUCAAAGGAGUAAAGUAUGAAUACGUAACAGAAGAUCUCUCAAACAAGAGUGACUUACUCUUGCAAUACAACCCAGUUCAUAAGAAGAUCCCUGUUCUUGUUCAUGGUGGGAAGGCUGUAGUAGAGUCGAUGAUCAUCCUCGAGUACAUCGAGGAGACAUGGCCGGAGGUUAACCCACUGCUGCCGGCAGAUCUUCACGAGAGAUCAGUUGCUCGGUUUUGGAUCAAAUUUAUCGAAGAUAAGUGCUUAAGUAUUUGGCAAGCUUUUCGCACAAAAGGGGAACAACAAGCCAAGGCACUAGCGGACAGUUUGGAAAUGUUGAAGACCAUCGAAGAACAUGCUAUGACUGGGAAGGCGUUCUUUAAUGGUGACAAUAUUGGAUCGACGGAUUUGGCAUUUGGAAUUUUAGUUUACUGGUCGGGAGUCAUUGAAGAAGCGAUACAAGUAAAGAUCCUCGAUGCUCAGACGUUCCCUCGUAUAACUUCAUGGAAACAGAGAUUUAUGGAAGUUCCAGAGAUCAAGGAUUGCCUCCCAAACUACGAUGAGUUAGUGAGCUUUUUCAAACUUCGACGGGAAAUGGUUUUAGCAGCUGCGGAAACAUCCUCAUAAAAUCCAGAUGAAUCGUAUUUCCAUUAAGUCUGUAUUUGGGAGUGUUCUUGAUGAGAUAAAUAAAAAGUGCGAUAAAUAAUAUAAUAUGAAACCUCAUUUCCAUA